AAACUUUUGAGUGUUGUCGCAGUUGUUAUUUUUUUUGUCUGUGUGUUGUUUAGUUUAGUUUGUGUUUGUUAGUGUUUACCUAGCCCUAGUCUAUACAUAAAUAUGUCAACGGCAAUGGGAAUAGAAAUUAACAAACAUUUCGCGGAAAAGAAGAGAUUAAUUAGGAUGAGUACAGAUUUAAGUCGUAAAGGAGAUAUAGAUGAACCCAUCAAAGAAAUUAUAGAAUUCAUUAACAAUCUUGAAGAAUUUGUUACUACAAGUUCAUGUUCUGGAAGAAUAAUUAUUUUAAGUAAGACAACUUAGCUCGCCUCCGGCCUGACUUGGUGGUCAUCGACCGUGACCGGAAAUCAAUUAAACUGGUCGAUGUCACCAUGCCGUACGAGGACGGAUGCCAGUCUAUUGUCGAGGCACGGGAGAGGAAGUAUGCCACCUACGAUCCCCUCGCCCAGACUCUCCGAGCCGGCGGCUUCCAUGUCACCGUGGAUGCCUUUGUAGUCGGCUCUCUGGGCGCGUGGGACAAAGCCAAGACCCGACAUAUAUAUAUGUGUGUGUGUGUGCUGUUUGAAGAUGGAGACAGCAGCAAAAGAGGAUGUAAGUGGAUACUAACAAGUCAUACUACUGUGGACUCGUCGGAAGUGCUGGAAAAAGUUAAAUGCUGUGAGAAAAAUAUGGUCCUGAAAUUUGAGCCAUUUAUUUUACAUGUACAAUGUGAAGAUAUUAUCGCUGCAAAGAAAAUGCAAAACUGUGCAUUGGCAGCGGGUUUCAGAAAUUCAGGUUCUGUAUUCGGUCGUGGUGGAAAUAUCACAUUUGCUGUUCGUGGAACACAUGGUUUGGAAGUUCCUUUGUCUGAUGAAGAAAGGCUUCUUGUGACUGAUGACUAUAUAAGACACAUAGUCGAUAAAGCAAACAGUAAAAUGUGUGAAAAUAUGAAGAAGAUAGAAAAUUUCUCAAGAGCUGUCCACGAUUUAAAAACGAGUAAAGGACAUCCAGGCUUUGAAACAACGUGACACAUUAAAAAAAUCUAGAUAAGUUUCUAUUUUGUGAUUGUAUAUUUUAUGUAAGAUUAAAAGUUUUUGUUAAA